AUGCUCAAGCGACCGUUCAGAAUACGAAGCUACUCGCUAAUACCAAGCCUUAGCCAUAAAAACAACACCCAGGAAUCAGUGCCCAAUUUCGAAUCAGAUAAAAGGUUUGCCCAAGCUGUCAAAAGAUACGAACGACGGGUAAAGGGAUACGAAGAUGCUAUAGAAAUGUCGAGGCAAUACAAGCAACACCGGUUGAAUUUGGUUGAUAUUCUCCAAGACAAAAAGAAUGUUGAGGCAAUGUUUGCCAAUGAUGCAGGGUGCAAAAUCACAUCUUUCAAAGACAUGUGUAAAGACAUGAAAGGACACGAGGGUCUUACCUAUACCGAUGUAGAAAUGCGAAACACGAUGAUGUUGGUGGCCAACAUGUUGAUGGAAAAUGUGAAGAUAGAUUUGAAAUUGAGGAGCGUAAAGAUUGAUCACGAUAUUGGGAGUUUUAUUGAUGAGAUUAAAACUUCAAGUGAUUUCGUUUCAUUGGAACUGUACCGACUAAACUUCCAUCACUACAAAUCUUCGCAGUGGCUAAGUACUUCAGAAGGUAACACUAUUUCGCAGCUUGGUUUCGCUCAGCCCAUUGUUUUUAAACUGGCUCAAUAUGGGGAUAAAGAAGUAAUACAAUCACUAGAGACGGCGUUUGAGGACUACGCAACCUCGAAUAAAAAAUUAUCUCACAUUCAAUUGGCUGUGCAAGUGGUUAAAAUACUACUAUCCCCUCAUAACAAUAUACCAACGAUUAAGCUAUGGAAGUACCUAUUAGACAAACUCGGCAAUUGUAACUUGUUAAAUUAUCAGCAAAUUAUCUACUUGUCGUUGUUUCAGUAUAAACACCAGCCUACAGUCCUCGCAGAUCCUUCACCAGCUACUGACUCCAUCUUUGCUCCACUAAUGGCUGACCAUUUUGCCCAUUUAAUUCAAAAGGAUCCGGAAAUGCUUCCAUCACUACUCAAGUAUCAACUACUCCGAAGAGACGACAAGACAUUUUUGGAAUUGUUGUCGUUCUUGACGUUGGAUAAGAUUGCUGGUGAGAUGCUGGUAAUUAAAUCGCCCUUGUUAUCCAAAUCGAAAUACAAGCUACCCACAUAUAUCCCUGGUCUUGAUCUCGAGGAACGGUUAUUGACCAUUUCGCGCAGAAGCAUGUACCUGAUUAUGGAAAUGGCUAUCGAGUUGGGAUUGUACCAAUAUCUCGAUCUCCUAUUCAACAAAAUUGUGUUGCAUUCGCGAGAUCAAGAGCGGAUUGAACUCAAUUACGUUGAGGAUGUGUUGGUUGAAGGCAGAGUGUUUGAUGAGCAUUUAUUUUCAAUCAUGUUGGAUGCUGCUGUAAAAUCAAAUGAUUUGGGACGAGUGGUAUGGUUAUUACCUUUUGUAGAUGAGUACAUUAAGGAAGGAAGUGGGAUAAAUGAUGCUUUGCGAAAACAAUUGUUGACGACAUUGAAAUUUUUCAAUCUUGAAGGUAAGCUAAAGAGUUAUGAGGAAAUAUUUAGCAAAGUGUAUUGA